UCCCCUGUCACCACUGAUGCUUCUACGAAUUCAGCUGUAUCGCCUUCGAAGGAUUUGUCGAAAUCAAUUGAGGCUGUAGGAAAAAAGGAUGAUAAAAAAAGGGGUUUCCUCGAUCCAGAUGCACCGGAGUUCAAGCCAUCAGGGUUCAUUAUACCUCUUGAGCCGACAAGUCUUGCUGGCACCGCUUUCAAUCCUGUUGCAUAUUCUCAGCCGGUGCCCCUGUCGGUGUCUGGUUUUGCGGCCUCCAAUCAGCACUCUUUGCCAAAUGGUGGUGCGCCUGCUGUUCAAUUUAGCUUGCCUUCUUCUGUCUCGUGCGUAUUGCCCUCCACUGUGGCUCCCCAAUUUACGGCUUUGCGACAUUCUCAGAUUAGUUUUCCACCUCAGCAACUAGCGAUGGUUUCUCAACAAUUGCCUGCUUCAGGAUCUUUGUCUACUCAGCCUAAUGUGGCUCCGACUGCAGCUGGGUCAAGGGGACCAAGGCAAAGCGUUCCUGCCGGAAAUUAUUCUAAGCAGCGUUCUGUUGACCAGGCUAAUGCAGCAUCUCAGCAGUUACCCUUUCCAAUGUUCUCUCCUCAGGGGUUUUCUUUUGUUCAAAGUGCUUCCUAUCCGAUAGGCGUUCCACUCAUUUCAACCAUGCCCGGGAAUUUUCAAUCAACAGCGUACGCUGGGGUGCAUGCUCUGACCGGUGCUGUCUCUGCCUCUCAAACAUCGGGACAGCAAUCCUCCACGUCGCAUUCUGCACAGCCACCAUCAGGACAAGUAAAUCACAUACAGACAAGUUCGCAGGCUAUUACUUCUUCCCCUCAGGCACAAGGAACUCAGUUUCAUCCUGGCUACAAUCCUCAUCUUGGGAGUGUUCAGUGCCCCGCUGGUGUAGCUGCUUACUCACAGUAUUCAACUGGUCAGUUGAUUGGAUCGCAGGCUUCAGGUUCUCUUGGAUAUUAUUCUCAACCCGUAUACCAAGCACCUGGAUUGAUCCCUUUUCCUAUACAACAAGUUGGCGCUGGAGGUCAGCCUCAAAUCGGAUCUCAGUUGCAAAGUCAAAGUCAGCAGUCUCUGAUACCAUCUCAACCUUUACAGCUCCAGGCUGCUCAACAACAGGGAGCCGUACAAUCCGUUCAGCAGCAACCACAACCUCAUGUAUUUUUCACCGCUGGUCCUUAUCAGCUCUCGCCUCAGCAAGUGCUUGCUCAGGCCAUGACUAUGGGUGUACCCCACCAGGCCGUUCCAAACACUUUCGGUAUUCCUCAGAAUGUUCACCCUCAGCCUCAUCCGGUUCAGCUCUACAUGCCUCAGCAACCUAAUAGCACGGGUUGA